GGGAAGAGUGGCUGGCUUUGUUUGUGAUUGCAAGAUGGCGGCAGGGAUGUAUCUAGAACACUAUUUGGACAGUAUUGAGAAUCUGCCGUUUGAGCUGCAGAGGAACUUCCAACUAAUGAGAGAUCUGGACCAGAGAACAGAAGAUCUGAAGGGUGAGAUCGAUGGGCUGGCCACAGAGUACACAGCAAAUGCGCGCACGCUGUCCUCCGAGCAGAAGCUCUCCCUGCUGCGGCAGAUCCAGGAGUCCUACACCAAGUGCAAGGAGUUCGGAGACGACAAGGUUCAGCUUGCCAUGCAGACCUACGAGAUGGUUGAUAAGCACAUCCGGCGGCUGGACACGGACCUGGCUCGGUUCGAAGCCGAUCUGAAGGAGAAGCAGAUCGAAUCCACGGACUACGACUCCUCAUCCAGCAAGGGCAAGAAGAUAGGAAAGAAAGCCUCUGAGCUGCAGCACGUCAAGUACAGCUCUGAGCUGGUAAUGUCAGCGACGCCCGCAGAGGUCAGGGGUCAGAAAGAUAAGAAGGUCGCCCGCACCAGAUCAAAGGUGAAGAAUUCGGACGAUGACAGCAGUCCUAAGAAUGGACAGAAAAAAAUAAAGCUGGUGCACUCGACAGAGUAUAGCGCCCCCGCUGUUACCUUUGGGAAUGUGCACCCCUCUGAUGUGCUGGAUAUGCCGGUGGACCCCAAUGAACCCACAUACUGCCUGUGUCACCAGGUCUCAUAUGGGGAGAUGAUUGGCUGUGACAACCCAGACUGCUCCAUCGAGUGGUUCCAUUUCGCCUGCGUUGGACUCACAACUAAACCCCGAGGAAAAUGGUACUGCCCUCGAUGCUCUCAAGACAGAAAGAAGAAGUGAACAGUUUGAAAAGCAGUCAGUCCUCACCCUGAACACAAAUACUUGCUUUGUAAUUUUGUUUUUGAGGCAGAUUUUCCCCUGUAAUGUAUUGGAAUUAGAACUCUACCACACUGCACUGGAAAACUAGUUCAAAAUAGCAAUGAAAUAGUGUAGCGUUCAUUCAAACUGUAGUUUUAUUAGCACCAAACUAGACUAGAUGGCACCAGAAUUACAUUGCAACUGCAGUUUGAGAUCACUAGACUAGACUGCACUAGAAUUACACUGUAAAUGCAGUUUGAGAUGACUAGACUGUACUACAAUUAUAUUGUAACUGCAGUUUGAGAGUACUAGACUGUACUAGAGUUACUGUACAUUGGCACUGCAGUUUGAGAUGACUAGACUAAACUGUACUAGAAUUACAUUGUAACUACAGUUUGAGAUUACUAGACUGUACUGGAAUUACAUUGUAACUGCAGUUUGAGAUCACUAGACUACACCUUACUGGAAUUACUGUACAUUGGAACUGCAGUUUGUGAUCACUAGACUAGACUGCACUGGAAUUACAUUGUAGCUGCAGUUUGAGAUCACUAGACUGCACUAGAAUUACUGUACAUUGGAACUGUAGGUUGAGAUCCCUAUAGCAGCUUUUAGACCAGUUUUCCUCUAUUACUUUGAGCUGUGUUUGUUUUGAUAUUAUUUCACAGUAAACCCCUGACAACAUGACACUUAACAUUUUCCACGAUAGCUAGGCUAGUUUUUUCUUGAGCUGGAUAGUUUGUUACCAAAUCAUGAUAUAAAAUGUUUUUUGUUAAUGGAAUAAUCACCUAAAUUAUGAGCUGCCGUGCACUUCCACCUGCUCACUGUCUUCGUGUCAGUGUGCAGUUUUUAGCAAAACUUUUUUUUUUUUUCAAAUGAAUUUUUUAAUGUGGUACUGUACUGGUUUUAAAUAGAAUUCCCAGUUUGUAUCACCCGUCUUUUUACUUUCAGGUAGACUUUCCUUUUUGUUUUGUGAAAUUGUUCCCACCCCCUCAGUGCCUUCUAUCUUGUCAGUAACCAAUCAUCUGUUUCUUCUCAUGACUGACAUGCUUUGCAGCCAGCCAGUGACAUGAUAUGACCCCUAAGGCACUGCUGAGGUGAAGUUAACAAGGAAGUGUAUCUUAGAUCAUGGGUUCCCAAACGAAUGGGACGCAGGGGUAACAACAAUCUGUAUUUUAAAGAAAAGCAAGGAUAAAACACUAGCACUAAAAAUAGGGUUCAAAUGGAAAAAGACCAAUGGAGAUUACAUUUUUUUUUUGUUUUUUUUUUUUGUUUUGUUUUUUAUUGUAUUAUUUUUUUUAGUGUUUUUAAGUUGGGCCUCAGAUAAAGAAAAUAUGUGAUCCCGUCUUGGACCAUCUGAAAGCAAGGCAUGCAAACUGGUAACUUUCUUCAACUUUUUUUUUUUCCUACAAUUGAAAAUGCAAGUUUUCUGUAAUGUGCUCCUUUAAAAACUGUGUUACAGAGACCCAAACAGUAACUGGGAAGCGUAGCACAGGAAACAUUUAGGGAACUGUUUCAUCAGCCUGAGAGCUUUUUCAUUAUUAUUAUUUAUUAUUUUUAAAUUGAAAAGUAUUGAAGUUGGACAUUCUUUGUAUUGUGGAGCAACAAAGUCUGCCCAGCAGACUCCAUUCACAAAAAAACCCUAAGAAAACCCCCAGCUUUUUAUUAUGAGUUUCCCCAGUUGAAUGCAAUUGUAAAUCAGUUCAGGAGCACGGAACUCAUGAAAUUCUCUUCUAAACAGUUAAAUAAAUGGGCGUUAUCUCCAGGGUGUAAUAUACCCUAAUGGUACUAUACAUGUGAUGGGCCUUCACUUAUAAAAUGAAAGUGAGUCUUGUAUAAUUCAUAAUAAGAUCAAAUGAGCAUUUAACAGUUAACUGUUAUGUUAAAAAAAUGAAAUGAGACUGGGAGUGUAUGUAUUCAUACCAGCUGUACAGCACUUCUUCAUUAAAGAAUCACUUGGUGAACUGCAAUGUGCUGUGCUGUGCUUCUGGUCUUGCAUCUCAAUACAUGCAAUACCUCUAUUACACUACAAUAUAUCAUGUACAGAAAACAUCCCGAUGCGAUGAAUCGUUACACCCCUAGUCAUUCACUUCAAGCAUUUUUUAGCAGUCCUUUCUAGAUUAAAUUUACAAACCAAUAUAAUUUAAGCAGCCUUUGGUUCCAUUAAACCGAUUAAAGUAUUUGGAGACCUGUGUAAUAUCUUACUUAAAGUGGAGUGCAUUUCACUUUCACUGGGGUCCAAAUCAUGUUAUCCUGCCAUUGUAACAGGACACAGUAGUUUGGAUGAGAAAACGACACAAAGGCUCCCAGAGACGCACAGCACAGCCUGCUGCUAAGUGACUGAUUGAAUUUAUUUCACUAUAUUUCUAUUGUUUCUUGUGUUGUUACUUGUGGCGGUUAUCUUUAUUAACGGGAUGUCUGGUGCUUAACAUAUUUAAUCUGUUACUGUCUCAUAUUAGGAAGAGAGCAGGAGCAGUACACUUUGUAUAAAAACAAAAACAACAAAAAAAAAUGAAAACAAGAUUUGUAUAACUUGACAGCAUUAAGCAAAAAUAAACAUCAAAAAA